AUUAAACAUUCACCCAUGAUGACUAAAAAUAAUAAUUUGCAAAAUAUCGAACCCCUGAUGACAGGCAAGCACGAGUACUAUGCUGAGUUCUGCCCAGAAGGAACCUUGAAACUGGUCGAAUAUGCUUUAGAAGCGGCAUCCGCGGGGAUACCAAUGAUAGUGCUAAGGACAAAGGAUGCUAUUUACUGCGCUGCAAAGAAGCAGACGUUCGAAAGUCUUGAGGUGCCGAAGAACCUCAACAUAGUUCAAAUAUCAGAAAAGGUUUAUCUCGCGAUCUCAGGAUUUGCUGCCGAUGUGGAUCAAAUUGUUGAAAAGGUCAGAGAUAUGGCGGCUCGAAAAACUUAUGAGCUUGGGUUCGAUGUGACCGCUGACAUCCUUGCUAGGAGUCUAGCGGAUGAACGACAAGAACUCAUUCAGCGUUCUGGGGAGCGACCAAUGGCUUUUACUGCUAUCUUUUUUGGUUUUGAUGAUGACAUCCCUCUAUUGUACCACACAGAUACCUCUGCAGUAUUCUACUCUUAUUAUGCUUUAGGUAUCGGCGAGAAUAGUAUGAAAAUGAACAAAUAUCUUGAAAAAGGCUAUAACAUGGAUCUUGAUCACAACAGGGCUCUGUUUACUGUUGUAAAGGGGCUUAGUGAGUCAAUUGGUAACGAAUUUUCACCGGGAAACAUAUCUGUAUGUUAUACCAAGAACAACAACGAGUUACAAUACUUAGAUGUACGUGAGAUUGAUACUAUCCUACAGAGAAUAUCUGAGGCUGAUUAAUAAAUCGUUGUGUGCUAAUCUCCGUCUAUUCUCGGGUGUUUCUUCUCUACAUUGCGGUAUUAUAUGCUAUUAGUCGAUUAUAUUGGCUAACUAUUCUAUUCAGAAAUUUUGGUAGAUUGUGAUGGCUUGGUUUCGUUUUUCAGGUAACAUUCAUAUUUUCGCAGUACGGAUAGAAUGAAGUUAUCAACUAUCAAUGGCUUGAUGUCACUUCUGAAACGGCUUUUGAUCGUAACCGCUUUUACUUCAAACAUGUUUAUUUAUUUUCCCAUGCAUAAC